AUGUCUCGCCGACGUCACAGAGCAAACAAGACGGCACUAGCAGACAGCAGUAACCCGCAGUCGAAAAGCGCGGAGGAGAAGCAUGAAAACAACACAAGGGCGCCAUUAACGGUGGCAUCCAAGCGUCCGUCGACCACGUUGAGGUCCCCGCCGGGAGAGAAGCCACCUGGUGAGACGCCCACCUCAAAGGUGGAUGCGAAUGUGCCGGGGAAUGCGACUGCGUCAGAAGAAAAAAAAACGCCUUCAGCAGCGAGGCGCGCAGGUGGUCCAGUGAGAGAAGUUCGUGUGGGCGGAUGGGUCAGGAGGCUGCUGGCGUUGAUGUUCGCAAAGGAGGAGUUUGCCGAGACCCCCGUGGUCAGGGAGGUGACCUCCGAGCAGGUGCGCACCUUCAAGCUGGUGGAUCGCCUUCUCCCGCCGUUUGCGAAGCGGCCGGUGUUUUACGCCGUGGACUUUUUUACCACCCGUCGUGUGAUGUUCGUCUUGCUGUUUAUUGCCGUGCUCCUCGUGUACUACAACUUCCAUGAGGAUGUGUCCACCUUCACCGCUUCUUUUGUCGUCGCGGAUGAGAAUCGUCCGGGGGUACGCUUCAUGCAGACGCACAAAAUGCGCCGUAGGCAUCCCGUGAUGAUCAUCCCGGGAUUCAUCUCCACCGCACUCGAGGUUUGGAAGGACAACCUGAGGUGCGUGGAGGCGCAACGUUCGAUAGCGUCUAACUUUCGUCAGCGUAUGUUUGGCCCGCGGAUGCUAUUCAUGAUUCUUAUUGAUCCUCUGUGCUACUUCACUCUCUUUUCGCUGGACAAGCACACCGGCUUCGACCCACCGGGAGUAAAGAUCCGUCCUGACAUGGGCUUCGGUGCCUCCGACUUUUUUAUGCCAGGGUACUGGGUGUGGGCCAAGGUGCUGCUUAACCUUGCCGACAUCGGCUACGACCCACAGAAUGUGGGGGUCUUCUCCUACGAUUGGAGGCUGUCGCCACGUCGCAUGCAUCAACGUGACGGAUACUACUAUCACCUCCGCAACCAACUUCUAUACUUGUAUCAAAAAAAUGAGGACAAAGUGGUGAUUAUUUCCCACAGCUAUGGCACCGACGUUCUCAUUGAUUUUCUCCGUUGGUCGGACGAGCAUGAGGCAGGAUGGGUGAAUAGAUACAUAGCAUUCUGGGUGAAUCUUGGAGGGCCGGCGUUGGGAGUGGCGAAGUCGGUGUCCGCCGUGCUCACAGGGGAUGCGAAAGACACCCUCACACUUCCAGGUCCCGUGCGUCAGUUACUUGACUCACAUGUUUCACGCGCCCUUCGCACUGAGGCUAUGCGCACGUGGUCCUGCUUGUCAGCCAUGUACCCAUUUGGUUGUGAUGCCGUGUUUCCGGACGUAUUAACCCUUUCCAACGGCACCCGGCUUACCCCAAGGCAGGUGCUCCAGCUCACCGCGCAGCGACUGCGUGAAAGCGGCCAUGAGGCGCAGAAGGAGCACAUUGAGAACAUCCUGGAACACUUUGACGAGUUGCCCUCGCUUCCAGCGUCACCAAAUUUGACGGUGGUUUGUAUGUAUGGUGUGGAUAGGCCAACGGAGGUGGGGUACAUUUUGGACAACGAUGAACUUGUCAACCUUUCAUACCAGCAGCCGGGGCGUGCCAUCAACGGCGUGGUCUUUGGCAAUGGCGACGGAACUGUGCCACUCAUGUCACUUGGCUACAUGUGCCGCGCAGAGAAUGGCUGGAAGCAAAAUGUGGGCCGCGUCAUCACGCGGGAGCACAAGCACAGUGCCGGAUCCAUGGUGGAGUUGCGCGGGGGUUCGAACAGUGGCGAUCAUGUCGACAUGCUCGGCAACUACGAACUCAUUGAAACAAUACUUAAAAUUGUCUCUGGCAAUGCGGAAAACGGUGAGGUGACGGAUCGCAUGUACUCUGAUGUGGAUGCGCAGAUCGCGGCGGCCACGGAGUGCACCACGAAGAAGAACUUAAGCCCCCUCCGACGGCAGCCGGCGUAG